GUGCUGUGUCGUUGAAUCAAAAUACAGUAGUAGUGCAACCACCACAACAGUGCUGUCAAUAUGCAGGUUAACAUACAGUUCACUGGCUACCCACAGCAUCCUACCUACCAAGGUAACCCAGAUCCACUAUAUCAAACAUUUGCAGCAGUUGCAGGACCUGAUGGUCAAAUCGAAGCAAUGGAAUUACAACAAUGUUUGACAAGAUCUGGUGUUCAUGGGAACUUAUCACCAUUCAGUUUGGAAACCUGUCGUGUCAUGAUAGCUAUGUUGGAUCGUGAUAUGACUGGUAAAAUGGGAUUUAAUGAAUUCAAAGAAUUAUGGGCUUGUUUAAGCCAGUGGAAACAAACAUUUAUUAAUUUUGAUCGAGAUAGGUCUGGAACAAUGGAUGCCCAAGAACUCGCAGCAGUGAUCCGAAGUUUUGGUUAUAAUCUCAGUCCACAAGCAUUCCAAACAAUCCUCAAAAGAUAUUCUAAAGCUGGUGGUUUCAUUACAUUUGACGACUUUGUUGCAUUAUCGGUUCGGCUUAGAGCGUUAUCAGAUGCGUUCCGUCGAAGAGAUCCCCAGAGAAAUGGAACAGCCACCUUCCAAUAUGAUGAUUUCCUGAGGUGUACGCUAUGCCUGUAAAGUGAAUCUAUAUUUGUAUAUAAAGAAGAUUACCAACAAUACGUGUUCAAACCAACCGGAAAUAUCACCAGCGCUUCUACCAAGUUCAACACAAUUUUCGAUGUUUCACAACAAAAAUACGAACAAGGGUUUUUUUUUUAUUUACAUUUUCAUACUUUCAUAAAAUAUUAUUUUAAAUAUUUUCAGGAAUAUUUCAGACUUCUUAAUGAUUGUAAUAAUUAUAUUACUGAAUUUGGCCAUAAAACUUACUCAGACAGAACGCAGUCGCAUAUAUGCAUACUUUGCAGUAUUCUCCUAAUUACCUCAUAGUAUUUUAAUGAUGCGGUUUACAACUACUGGAAUGUUAUAUUUUGAUAUACUGUAAAAUACUUUAUUUUCGCUUGGAAUUAAUUUUCGCUAUAUUCACAGAAGGAAUGAUUCAGUGAAAAUAAAAUCCAGCGAAUAAACUUUUUUUUUCUGUAUUUUACAUUCAACUCGUCAAAAACCAGUGAAGUAAAUUCUAUACAAAAUACUUGUUUUUUAUUACAAUAAAUUGAAUAUGGGAGAUCAUUGUUGUUAUUAU